CGUACGUCCCCGCGGGUCCACUCGAGGGGGCACCUCGUCGCCGAUGUAUCGGCGACCGAAGCGCCCAUACCGUCUCGUGUCGCGCGUACCGAGCCCUGCGAGCCGUGAGAGGAAGUAGUUUAAACCGUUCAUGAUUUGACACGGGCAGGAUUGUGGGUGCAACCUCGAUCGAGUCGUUUCCACGCUCGUAACAUUGCUCUGACCUGGGAUAUCAUUUUGCAAGUGAUAUGGAGAAGGAAAGGCCGUGACGCGGAGGGAAUUCGAAGACAAAAGCCCCGGUGAAUGCAGGAACAUGCCUUCAGCUACCGAACAGGUAGAAGGAGAAGGGAAACACCCCGAGGCAUUUGUAACAGCGGCUUGACCGCAACCAUAAUUGUAUGUGCGACACUUGCGACGACGCCAUGUACAACGAGAGUGUACAUUGACGCUGGGUCAGGAGCAUUGAAAGUGAAAUCCACGUAUAUGUGUAACUGGUUGAUAAAUUAAGGUCGUAUGCAUUACAGGAAUACGGAGGCAAAGUAAAUAAAGGGCGAGCGAACGAAAGCGUAGGUGCGGUAGAGGAGAUAGAAGUCACGUGCGAUAAUGUGCGGGACCAACCAAAUAGGGCAGCAGAAGGGAGGUGGGACUAUGCCCAGUAAUGAAGAGUGUGGAAUCAGAGAUGUAUGGGGACACAAUUUGGAAGAGGAGUUUCGUACAAUACGCCAGGUCGUACAACAGUAUCAGUAUAUCGCUAUGGAUACAGAGUUUCCGGGUGUUGUAGCUAGGCCUAUUGGAGAAUUCAGAACUAAUGCCGACUAUCAAUACCAGCUCUUACGCUGCAAUGUAGACCUUCUGCGAAUAAUUCAACUUGGUCUCACAUUCCUUGACGAGUCGGGGAAUACGCCAGGCGGUAGCUACACAACAUGGCAGUUUAAUUUUAAGUUCAAUUUACAUGAAGACAUGUAUGCACAGGAUAGUAUAGAUAUGCUACAAAAUAGUGGUAUACAGUUCAAGAAACACGAAGAGGAAGGCAUCGAUCCUUUAGAGUUUGCUGAGCUAUUAAUGACAUCAGGAAUUGUUCUUGUUGAUGACAUAAAAUGGCUAUCCUUUCAUUCUGGCUACGACUUCGGUUACUUAUUGAAACUUCUGACGGAUCAGAAAUUGCCACAGGAGGAAAGUGAAUUUUUCGAGCUUCUUAGGAUAUACUUUCCGACGAUAUAUGAUGUAAAAUACUUAAUGAAGUCGUGCAAGAACCUGAAAGGCGGUUUACAAGAAGUGGCAGAACAGCUGGAAAUUCAAAGAGUAGGCCCACAGCAUCAGGCCGGUUCCGAUUCCCUUCUUACUGGGAUGGUCUUUUUUAAGAUGCGAGAGAUGUUUUUUGAAGAUAAUAUUGAUGAUGCAAAGUACUGUGGACACCUAUACGGCUUGGGAACGUCAUUUGUCAUGAAUGGGUCUGGCGGAUACAUGGACAGUAAUGGAGAUAAUGCCUCGACGUCGUAAUAUUAAAGAAAGAAUCAACCGUAACAGAGAGAUUAUUUCAUUACAAAUAAAAUGUUAUAAAAAAGUCUUUUCACUUAAUGGUGAAGUGUAUGGUUCAUAUCCGCAAUAAUUAUAUUGACAUCAUUGCUGUAGGUUCCACACGAAAGGCAGUUUAGAGAACAUGUCUCUUUAAGAUCUCUCUUCUGUUUUUUUUUAUUUUUUUGAAUUCUUUCUGUGACUCCUUUUGUAGAUUUCUUCUGUGAUACGUACCGUCAAUCGAAAAGAUAUUUACAACACCGAACAGCAUAAAAUAAUGUAAUAUAAUUUUUUUUUGUAAACAUUUGGACAAUAUUGAUAUAUAAGAUACCGUCGCAGUACAAAAAUUCCAUAAUUUCCUCUACUUUUAAGAUCCCUGCAGUAUACAUAUCUAACCGCUCGAUUAAUACAUGACGAAAGCGAGAAAGUUGGUUAACAUACCCAAACCAAACUUAAUUUACAGCUAAAAUGUAUUGGUAAUGCUCGGUGCGUUCGAUAUUUAUAAGAAUCUGUCACGGUAACUGAUAUUUUUCACUUGUCGCAAGCUCGAAGCAGAUAUACAUCUACUUAUUAUGUUAUACGAUUAGUAAUAUAAUAAAGAGAUCUAUUUCUGGUGCUUAUAAAUAUUAUUUAAAAAAAAUUCGUUCAUUGAACUCGUCGAACAUUAUUGAUGCACUCUGUACAUGCUACACUACGCAGACGUAUCUAUUACUGUUGAUCUGUAUAUUUAUUCUAUGAUGCAUUUGUAGCGUGGUAUAUUUUAAAUGAGAAAAACAUUCGUAUAUACACAUUUUUAAAAGCCGCAAUGAAGGGAGGUACGUUGUUUUUAGGUUGUCCGCGUUGUUUUUAGGUUGAACCAUAUAAAAUAUUGAUAUAAGAGCAUCAUACAUUUUUAUUAUACGUAUAACGGAUGGCGUAAAUGAUGCGUUCGUGUAAAAAAAAAAGUAUUAGUGAUACGACUCUAAAGAUGAAGUAGCCUUCGUAUAAUAUUUGCUAUAUAUACUGCACGUGUUUUAUUGUAAAACUUGUCGUCCGCAAGAACGCAAGGAAGGAAAAGAAACUUUUGGUACAUUUUCGAACUAAUCGUACUAAAAAUAUCUGCUUUGUAAAUAUGACAGUUGCAAAAGUCGAAUAAAUAAUAAUUUGCCUGUA